UUUUGACGUUUCCAAUUCUUGCAGUGUUUAUUAUUUGGUUCGCUCUCUUGACCUCUGACCGCUGAAUGACCUUUAACCUUUUUACUGAAUGGGCCACUUCUAACAACAAUGGCUGCUGGGUGGAGCCAGCGUUGGAGAACAAAGAUGCACAAGAUUUUAAUGCAAAUCACUGCAAACCUAUGUUUUUUUUUCUGUAAAAUAUAAAAGAUGAUAAAAAGGGUCUCCUCAAAGUAUGAAACUUUAUAAUUGACCUACUGGUGAUUUUAUUAGGAAGAUCUGUAGCAACUCUGCCUUUAAUUCACUGAUGACAUAAUGAUGAAAAUAUGUUUCUGCCUUGAAAAGGCAAAAGGCAGAGUGAGACCGAGUCGAAGCUGACAAAGGAAGCAUCCUGCAUAUUUUUACAGUUCAAUCACUUCACACACAAGGUUAGAAAAUGCAGUGACUGAUGUUCAUUUCUAAUCCUUAUUUCAGUCGCCUCAUGAAGGAACUGUGUUAGUAGGUCAGACAUUAGGAAAACGCCCUGACACUGAAGCUUCUCAAAGACAGGAGCUGAACGUACAGAUCUCAGAUCAGCUGCUCUGUCCCUUCCUGCUCUUGUGAUGCUAUGACUGCUUGGACAGACAGGACCUUAUGCUGUGACUCCCUCUAGUGGACAAACCCUGUGAUCCAACAACGUAGCUAUACUUGAACUUCGCUCAGCUGUUGAAUCAUCCUGCUGUAAAUGGUCCCUGAGUUCGACUCAAGGCACAUUACAGUUUGAUCAGAGACACAGACUGGAAAACAAGCCAUUAGAUUCAUCAUCAGACAAAACUACGAACUACCCUUCAGUGAGUGGAGCUCCAGGAGCAAAAAGUCCUAAUCUCCACCACUUCUGCUUCAAGCUGGUGAAACUCCACAGACUGAAGCUUCACUCAGACACUAAAUGGCUUCCAGAUCAGAGGAGGAUCUCUGCUGUCCAGUCUGUCAGGACGUCUUUACAGAACCUGUUGUUCUGUCCUGUAGCCACAGCUUCUGUAGAGACUGUCUGAAGACGUGGUGGAAAGAGAAACUAACACAAGAGUGUCCAGUCUGUAAGAAAAGAUCUUCAAAAGACGAACCACCUUUAAACCUGGUGUUAAAGAACCUGUGUGAGUCCUUCUUACAGGACAGAGCUCAGAGAUCUUCAGAGACUCUCUGCAGUCUGCACCAAGAGAAACUCAGACUCUUCUGUCUGGACCAUCAGCAGCCAGUUUGUCUCGUCUGUCUGCAUUCAGAAUCACACAUCGACCACAGAUUCAGACCCAUCGAUGAAGCUGCACAACAGCACAAGAAACAGCUUCAGGAAACUCUGGAGCCAUUAAAGAAGAAAUUAAAGGUCUAUGAACAAAUUAAAGGGAAGUUUGAUCAGACAGUAAAACACAUUGAGGUCCAGACCCGACGCACAGAGACGCAGAUUAAGGAGCAGUUUAAGAAGCUUCACCGCUUUCUAAAAAAGGAAGAGGAGGCCAGGAUGGCUGCACUGAGGGAGGAAGAGGAGCAGAAGACUCAGAGGAUGAAGGACAAGAUGGAGGCUCUGAGCAGAGACAUAGCAGCUCUGUCAGACACAGUCAGAGCCACAGAGGAGGAGCUGAGAGCUGAAGACGUCUCCUUCCUGCUCAACUACAAGGCUGCAGUGGAAAGAGUCCAGCAGCGCCCCCUGCUGGAGGAUCCACAGCUGCCCUCAGGAGCUCUGAUAGACCAGGCCAAACAUCUGGGCAACCUGAGCUUCAACAUCUGGAACAGGAUGAAGGAUGUGGUCUCCUACACUUCUGUGGUUCUGGAUCCAAACACUGCUCAUCCAGAACUGAUCGUGUCUGAAGAUCUGACCAGUGUGAGACGAGGAGACAAACAGCAGCUUCUUGAUAAUCCAGAGAGGUUUGAUUAUUACCCCUCUGUCCUGGGCUCUGAGGGUUUUAACUCAGGGACUCACAGCUGGGAUGUGGAGGUUGGAGACAGUACAACCUGGUUAUUGGGUGUGUUACCAGAGUCCGUCCAGAGGAAGGGAGACAUAUUGCUUGGGUUAUGGGUAAUAGUGUUCUAUGAAGGUAAAUACUCAGCACUGUCACCACCAGCUCCACACACCGAUGUCCUAGUUCACGAGAAGCUCCAGAGGAUCAGAGUGACUCUAGACUGGAACAAAGGAAAACUGUCUUUCUCUGAUCCUGAAACUAACACACACAUACACACCUUCACACACACUUUCACUCACAGACUGUUUCCGUUCUUCAACACUGAGGAUAAUCUGAGUAUUUUACCAGUGACGGUUCCGUGAUAGUGGAUCAGAGACUUUAGAGACAAAGACCAUGAAUAGAUUCAUAAUGACUUUAACUUUGUUCUGUUCUACAUCAUAUAUAUUUUAUUUUUUAUUAUUCUGUAAUUUAUUUACUUUUUGCUUCUAUUGUUGAUUUUCUCAGGUUGAAAAUGAUUUCACUCAUUUCCUCAUCUUUAGGUUCAGCUGGUUUCAUCUUUUACUUUAAGUAUAUUUUGCAUAUGUAGGAAUAAAUAUGUUGUUAUUUGACUACGUCUCAUUUUCUGUCCUGCUGCUACAGAGACUCACUCGAACACAGAAUGUGGAUUAACCUACAGCGAGAACAAUGAAAUCGUUGACAGGGUUUGUUUUAACUGAGCUUCGGCUCAAACUGGUUGUUUUGCUGCUCCAGGCAGAACAGGGAGCAUCGACCUGCUGGAAGACUGAUGUCUAGUAUUAGGAAAAUGAUGGUGAACAUUUAUGCUCUAGAGAGAAAAAGGAGCCGUGUGGAAAUGUUUUUUUUAUUGACUCUGUUGUUUCAUUUCUCCUUUGAGAUCAGUAAACUGACUGGUGUUGGUUCCGGUCCGUUGGUUCAGGUUGUUCCUCCUGGUAAUGGUCAGCUGGGUCAGUGAAGGCAUCUCUCACGCCUUCUCAUUAGCACAGGCCUUCAUGGUCACC